AUGAACAAAGCUGAUACUACAGAUGGUACCUCAAAAUCUUUCUUAGAUCAUCAGUUUGAACCCGAUAAACUUGUACCUACACAUGAUGAAAAAAUAAUUUAUAACAGAUUGAAACCAAUUACCCCGAAUGAUUCGUAUGUAUCGUGCACAAUAUUCGACAUUAAAGGUAACAUUACAGCAGUUUCUAGAAAAUAUCCUAAAAUGAAGUUUCUUAAAGGCAACGACUUAUUCCCUCGAGAUCUCCGAAAAAUCGAUACUUCUUCGAUCGAUGUUGUGCCUCUGAUUAUGGUCCGUUCUCCAAAUUGCAUCCUUGUAAAUCUACUCCAUAUCAAGGCGAUAGUUAAAAAGGAUAGUGUCAUGGUAUUCGAUACUUCUACACCGUCGAUUGCAGCAAAGCUAGGCUUGUUUAUGUACGACCUUGAAAUGAAAUUAAAAUUACCGUCCGGAAACAUCUCCUACGAAUUUAGGGCACUCGAAAGUAUUCUUAUCAGUGUUAUGAGUUAUUUGGAAGCAGAUUUGAAAAGCCACUUACAGGGAUGUGGACUCAUAUUAGCAGAACUAGAAGACGAAAUUGAUAGAAGCAAAUUGCAAGACCUCUUAAUCAAGCUGAAAAAAUUAUCCAGUUUUUACCAAAAGGCCGUUUUAAUUAGAAAUGUUUUGGAAGAACUCUUAGACAAUGAUGAGGAUUUAGCCGGGAUGUACUUAACCGAUCCUAUUAAGUUUGAUCCAACUGUUGAAAACCCCACUGAUUUUGCAGAUUUAGAAAUGAUGUUAGAAUCGUACUAUAAGCAAUGCGAUGAGUUUGUUCAGCAAGCCGGGUCGUUGAUAAAUGAUAUUAAAGCAACUGAAGAAAUUGUAAAUAUUAUCUUGGAUACUAAUAGAAAUUCGUUAAUGUUAUUUGAGUUAAAGAUAACGGUUUACACUCUAGGGUUUACAGUAGCUACUUUAUUACCGGCUUUCUAUGGUAUGAAUUUGAAGAACUAUAUUGAAGAUUCAACUAUUGGUUUUGGUGCUAUUGUAGUUUUUUCAAUUAUACAGGGUAUUCUAAUUACGAUGUUAAAUUUCCGUAAAUUACGGAAGGUUCAAAAAUUAACAAUGAUGGGUGGUACCGGCAAUGGUAACCAUUUGCACCAUACUUCCAGCCCUAUUGGGUUAAUGAAUAAAGACAAAUGGUAUUACAGAUUAUUCUAUGGGAACAGAAAUACAAAAUAUGAUAGACCAACUUCAAAGGAAAAUGACGUAAUAUGGAGAAUGAUUAAUGACGACAAACCACUAAAAUAG